UGCACUGCAGGCUACAGUAAGAACCAGAAAAUUAAAACCCUUGAUUGGAAUUCUUUUUUAUCAAAAAGGAAAAAAAAAAGGAAAACGAACUGACCGCCCGAUCUUUUUCGGCUCAUGGCCUAAACUAAAUCUAAGCAGACAAUGUUUGAAGAGAAAUCUCAAAGGUAGGUAUUCUACUUUCAUUGAAUAAUUUGGCUCAUCGACUUCCUUUUUUUCUGGCAUAGAAAAAAAUGGCAGCUUGUGUUUCACCAUACUGUACACUUGGUGAUAGUAGAAAGCCGAUGGGGAUGUUAAGUGUUGUUGGAGCGAGAAUGAGAGUGUCAACGGAAAAUCAUUUGGGGAUGGGGAGAUUUGGGUCUCUGAAAAUGACCGAGUCCAAGUCCAAGUCUAAGUCUAAGUCUAAUAAUUUACCCCAAUGUAUUAGUAAAAUCCCCGAACAAUAUCAAAACAGCAGCAGCAAGGACCCUUUUCUUAAUCUUCAUCCCGAAGUAUCAAUGCUUAGAGUUAGAGGUGAGGAGGGGAACAACAAAGUAACCACCACCGCCCCUGCAAGGAAUGGCUCUAGUCCAAGUAAUCACAAUGAAGCCAACAUAAAAGUCAUUGGUGUUGGAGGUGGAGGCUCCAACGCAGUCAAUCGCAUGAUUGAAAGUUCAAUGAAAGGUGUAGAGUUUUGGGUUGUAAACACAGAUGUUCAAUCCAUGAGCAUGUCUCCCGUCUUCCCCGAAAAUCGUUUGCAAAUUGGUCAGGACCUUACUAGAGGUCUUGGAGCUGGGGGUAAUCCAGAAAUUGGGAUGAACGCUGCUAAAGAAAGCAAACAAGCAAUAGAAGAGGCAGUUUAUGGUGCUGACAUGGUCUUUGUCACCGCUGGAAUGGGCGGAGGAACUGGUACUGGCGGGGCUCCUAUAAUUUCAGGUGUUGCAAAGUCAAUGGGUAUAUUGACUGUUGGUAUUGUCACUACCCCAUUUUCUUUUGAGGGACGGAGAAGGGCAGUUCAGGCCCAGGAAGGAAUUGCAGCUUUGAGAGACAACGUUGACACACUGAUUGUCAUUCCAAAUGACAAAUUAUUGACUGCUGUUUCCCAAACUACCCCAGUAACAGAAGCAUUUAACCUGGCAGAUGAUAUUCUGCGACAGGGUGUUCGUGGUAUCUCUGAUAUCAUUACGGUUCCUGGAUUGGUGAAUGUGGAUUUUGCUGAUGUGCGAGCUAUAAUGGCAAAUGCAGGCUCCUCGCUAAUGGGGAUAGGGAUUGCAACUGGGAAAACAAGGGCAAGAGAUGCAGCAUUAAAUGCAAUCCAGUCACCUUUAUUAGAUAUUGGCAUAGAGAGGGCAACUGGAAUUGUGUGGAACAUAACUGGUGGAAGUGAUUUAACUUUAUUUGAGGUAAAUGCUGCAGCAGAGGUUAUUUAUGACCUUGUAGAUCCUACUGCCAAUUUAAUUUUUGGAGCAGUGAUAGAUCCAUCACUCAGUGGCCAAGUAAGUAUAACUCUAAUUGCAACUGGAUUCAAGCGUCAAGAAGAAAAUGAAGGCAGGCCUUUCCAGGCAAGUCAGCUAGCACCAGGAGAAGUCACCUCUGGAAUCAAUCGGCGACCUUCCACUUUCACUGAAGGUGGUUCGGUGGAGAUUCCUGAGUUUCUCAAGAAGAAGGGUCGCUCUCGCUAUCCCAGAGCUUAAGUUAUAUAUUCUCGCAAGGCAUGCCGUUUUGGGAUUUGAAAUAUAUAUACAUCAGUAGGUAUUAGCAUAGCGCUCUCAGUGACUUCAACGGUGUGCGCGUACUGCAUAGCAUCCAUAUUAACUAAAUGUUCCGGAUUUCUUUGCACUGUAUGUAUAUUCCUAUCCUGAACAUACUGUUCUGCUUCCUUCACAAAUAUUUGAAUAAGUUGCGAGAAUUCUUCUCGGGCCACA